CGCUUUGGAGGUCACGGCCGAGGCGCCCCAGAAAGCUGCCCUCCGCGGUCCGCGCCCCGCACGCGCCUCCCUCACGGCUCCGAGCGGUCAAGAACAACUGCUGUUCCCUCGGACAACUUCAAGGACAGAGGCGGCGGACACUUCUCCUAGAUUGAAAGUUGGAAAAGCUCGCUCCUUCCCCUUCUCUUUUGGUGAUUCUACGGUGGAUUGGUGCCUUCAGGCUAUCAUGACAAUACCUUCACCAGUAAGGCAAAUAGCAUAAUAUUGGCUGGCCUUCUCCGUGGCUUGAGUUAUCUUUGCGCAGAAAUCAAUUCAGGUUCAUUCAUGGGCUCCUCAAGUGAACAGAGAAACAAAAUGCGUAGCAAAAAGCCCCUGGGAAUUCAGCUUUUUGAGAAUGUCCGGGGGAGUCCUCUCUCUUUCAGAUCAUGCCAGGCUCUUGUAUUAGUACUGACAUUCUUAUCAUAUGCUAGCUAUCAUGCCACUAGAAAAACUACAAGCAUUGUUAAGAGUGUUCUUGAUCCUAAGACAAACCUAGGUAUGUUGCACUGGCCCAGUCAUCUGUAUCUUGAAAAGUUAAAAGGCGCAGAGAACAAUAUGACUCUCUCUAGUGGUUGGGCUCCGUUCAAUGAUGAAGAUGGAACCGCGUUGCUUGGCGAGAUUGAUUUGGCUUUUCUUGGUGUAUAUUCAUUUGGCAUGUUCUUUGCUGGCCAUUUGGGCGAUCGAGUGGAUCUAAGGAUCCUGCUGACUAUCGGAAUGAUCGGCACUGGAUUGUUCACUGCUGCUUUUGGAGCUGGAUACUGGUUCAAUAUACACAACUUCUACUACUUUUUGGGCAUGCAGAUGAUUGCUGGCUUGUUUCAGUCUUCUGGAUGGCCUUCAGUGGUUGCAGUAAUUGGUAAUUGGUUUGGGAAGAGCAAGAGAGGACUAAUAAUGGGAAUUUGGAAUGCUCAUACAUCUGUAGGAAACAUAUCUGGCUCUUUAAUUGCUGCUGCAAUGUUGAAGUUUGGAUGGUCUUGGUCCUUCGCGGUGCCUGGUAUCAUGAUUUCACUAGUUGGGCUCACAGUGUUUCUGUUCUUGCCUGUUAGUCCUGAUGUGAUUGGAAUUGAGUUGGAUCUCCACUUGAAGGACACUGAAAAGAAUGACAUGGACGCCCCUUUGUUGGAAGGACGCUUAGAUGUAAAAGAAAAGGCAGUUGGAUUUAUUGAGGCGUGGAUAAUUCCUGGUGUAGCUCCUUUUGCUCUCUGCCUUUUCUUCUGCAAGCUUGUGGCUUAUACAUUUCUGUAUUGGCUUCCCUUUUAUAUCAGCCACACAGCCAUAGGUGGACAGUAUUUGUCAGACUCCUCAGCUGGGGUACUAUCAACUCUGUUCGACGUGGGUGGCGUUGUUGGCGGCAUCCUCGCCGGCCACAUCUCCGACCACCUCGACGCCCGGGCACUGACGGCCGCGAGCUUCACCUUCUCCGCGAUACCGGCGCUCUUUUUCUACCGAAUAUACGGCAGCGUCUCGCUGAUCUGGAACAUCGCCCUCAUGUUCGUCACCGGGAUGCUGGUGAACGGGCCCUACGCGCUGAUCACCACGGCCGUCUCCGCGGACCUCGGCACGCACAGCUCCCUGAACGGCAACUCCCGCGCGCUGGCCACCGUCACGGCGAUCAUAGACGGCACGGGGUCGAUCGGCGCCGCGGUCGGCCCGCUGCUGACGGGGUACAUUUCUGCCAAGAGCUGGAGCGCCGUGUUCACAAUGCUGAUGGCGUCGGCCCUCGUCGCGGGGCUGCUGCUGUCGAGGCUGGUCGUGGCAGAGGUUGUUGCCAAGAUGGAGCCCCGAAGGCCUGCUCCCGCUAGCGACCUGCCGGUGUCCUCUAUGGAUGAACCUUAGGCUGUGGAGAUGGCAUAGCCUAGUGUGUUUUCGUGUUGUAGUGGAAGUAGCGGGAGAGCAAGCAGAUCACCUCUAAUUUUAGGCCUGAGGAGUAGGUGCCCUUCUGUCCCAGAACUGUAGGAUCUUGCUCCUGGUGCGUUGUGCUUGUGCACCUUGGUAUAUGUAUAUGGAAUGCCUG